AUGUCACACCUCCAGGAUACCACACAGGGUCUAUUUCCAUCACUCCAGCCUAGAGAGCAAUUAUCACCAGACCAAAUGCAUCCGAUGACAAUGUAUUAUGGAAGCUUCCUGUCUGGCCCAAACUACUGCCAACCAGAAAAUAUUGACCCAAGCCUCACCCUUCCUUCUACAAUAUCGAGGGUGUUCGAGGAGGCACAAGGGACCACUCUCUCUUGCGUGAGCGAGGCGCCGCACUUGGCGGCUGAUACACCAGAUAUGUUCGCGGAAAGCUGGGUAUUCGGCCCUCGGGAGUACACCUGUGAAGGCUGCCCUCUGCAGCAUAGUUCAAGGUCUGUGGCCCCUCUUCCUUCGCAGGUCGGCCAAGAGACUACGAUGCCUGUCCCCGACCAAGCACUUGCCGUCUGUCACAUACGCCCAGAACAACAGCCAUGCCAAUAUGGCGGUGCUCGUCUGGCCAGCGAGACCGGGCGCAACCAGGGCAUCACUGAUACUAUGAACCAGCAACGGGGUUCUACCGGGUCAAUUGCCGAUUUCCCUAGCGACUGGCCAGAGGGAGAUGCACCAACUAUCAUGAUACCGUGGGGCCCUUCUUUCAUUUUCUAUGGUGAAAUUCUGGCAGAACCAUUCGAGCAGGGACACUUCAACUAUAGAGAGCUGCGGUCCGAUGCACCAGACGGCGAAGUCCUCCGUGUUCCUGAUGACUGGGAGAUGGCUUACGCCACGGGAGAAGAGAACGUGAAUCGGACAAUACUUUUUGGGGCUUGCGAGAGAACGAAAGGCCAUCUGCAAGGAGAGUGUAGCUUUAUCAGGGAAAGGGAUGCCUGCUGUACGGAAUCGAGGAGCGAUCACAACGGUUCAGGGACAUUCCUUACAGAUUGCAAUAGAAUGCAAGCCGAGAAGAGGGAGGGGAAUCCUUUCGAGAGAGGUGAUGCCUGCUUUGAAAUUUGGAAGCUGGUUUCAGAAAGGCCCAAGACAGCGACUAGGGCGAAGAGACAUCAUAUUGUCAACGAACGUAAAGGAUCAUGUUGGCCAGGAGGCGGGAUUCUGCUUCUACAAACAAUGAUAGUCUACAUCUUGAGAAGAGAAUACUGUACUGAGUUGCAGCCACAGACAGGCAGAGAGGCGGGCGGAUAG